AACCCCACCAACAGCGCCGCAUCCCCGACAAGCUCGGCGGCCAGUUCGACAGACCCAGCAUCGCUCCAGAACCCCCAGAACAAGCAUGAAACUGGCGGGCUAAGCCCUGCUGGAAAGACGGCCAUCGCCGUCGUAAUUCCUGUUGUUGCCGUUGCACUGCUGCUGCUCGCCGGCCUUUGGUUCUGGCGCAAGCGCAAGUCGAAGAAGAGUGCCGAGGAGGCGCGCAGGAAAGAGGUCGAGGAGUAUGGAUUCAACCCCAACGAGGACCCUACCCUCCCCGCUGUCGGCAUGCAGUCGGAAAUGGCCGAGGACCAGAGCGGAUACCGAGGAUGGGGCAACACCGCCACCAGCUCCAACCGCAAGGCCUCUACCACCCUCACCAGCGGCAUGACCUACUCCGACAGCAACAGCAACCCUGGCGACGUCUACGCUAACCCUGGCUCCCCUACUCACGCCUACUCCGAUGCCCACUCCGCCGACCCCCUUGUCAACGGUCGACGAGAGACCUUGGACUCUGAUGGCAUUGGCGCCCUUGGUGCCGCUCCUGUCGCUGGCCAGAACCAAGCGGGUGUUGCCCGUGGUCCCUCCAACGCGUCUUCGUCCUACUCUGCUGCUGAAAGAUCAGACCACUCGGGCGACUACCCUCUUCCUAUGAACCACCCCCAGGAGUACUAUGACAACAACGGAUACUAUCCCUCGUCCGGACCUUACGACAACUCGUAUGGUGGAGGCCAGCAACCUAUCAUAAGAGACGUGUCCGCACGGCGGAACACGAGGAUUGAAAAUCCUUCCGUGUUUCCCCAACAGGGCAAUAGCGGCAUCGCGCAGAACUUCUAG